UUUGAAUCUGUACGUGGUACUUUAUAUGGAUACCAUUCGAUGUCUGAUGAUUCUGUUUGUUCUGGAUUCUAUGGAUCGAUUUUGUUCAAGGCAUUCAUGUCGUCACUCAGUUGAAUGAAACGUGCGAAUUGUCUGAAGUCGUAUUGUGAAAUGAUUCAGCACGUCAAUUGUCUGAAAAUGAAGAAAAGGAAGAAAACAAGAAAGUGAUUAGAAGUGACCUCCGUGCGUGUCGUGUGUUUCGUGAAACUAGGUUUAAUUUUGUACAAAUAUAUACCUUAAUUUUUAUUAUGAAACUUUUGCAGUUUUAUCUUUUGACUAUUUUUACUCUGUGGGAUGCCAAAUUUCGUGCCUCUGCGGAUUUCACGCAUAUCGAAUUGGAAUAUUUAUCAAAGAGACUUUAUCCUGCGGAAUGUUUCCAAUUGGUGACGUAUCUGGGAGCAAUAAAAAAUCCAAAAAUACCAUUGAUGGAUCAUCUAUAUAAUUUUCGAGAUAUACAAGACAGUUGGGAUGGCAAAGGGCAAUCACCUUGUCUGGACAAAUUAGAGGAAUGGAAAGAUAAAAACGGAAUGGACCAAUAUGCUGGAAAUAGACUCAAACUUGUUUUACAGAAAUUAGGAAGACCUGAUCUUGUUGCUUAUCUUAAAAAAACGUACCCUAAUUUCAAAUCCAAGGAAUCUAAAAUGAUUGCAUCAAGGGAAAUCAAAAGCAGAGAGACACGUGAUUUGGGGAUUAAAGAUAACGUCGCAUCUUUAAAUAGUGGCGGAUUUAUACAGGCGUUUCAAGAUGGAGAUAAUGAAAAUGUUUCAUACAUUUUGGGACCUGAAUUUACUAUGUAUUCCGUUAUAGGGAGUCUUCUUAUCUUGAGUUGUCUUGGAUGUGUCCUUGUGAUGUCCUAUAGAAGAGUUUAUAAUUAUUAUCAAUGUUAUAUGGAUCACUUUAAAAAUAAAGACGAAGAGAAAUGUAUGUUUGAUAAGACUUUGAGCAAAUUCGAAAUAUCCCCUCAAAAGGAACUUCAAAAUUUGGAAAUUUGCGAAGAUUGUACGACAGAUAAUGAAAAGCAAGAUAAGGAAAUAGAUUGCGAAAAUUCCAAAAGAAAUCGAAGAUUUUCGAAAAAUAACAACAAGAUGAUUAAAAAAAACAAUCAUUGUAAAAAUAUUAAACAGAAUCUUAAUAAAUCCAACAAAAUUAAUAAAACUACCAGAAAAAUAAGUGAAAGUAUUCAAAACGAAAAGAACAUGAACGUGUGUAAAUGUAGUCGCAGUCAGAAACCUGAAUUUAUUUCAAAAUUGCGAAAAAUUAUUGGUGGAACCAUUAAGAAAAACAGUGAAAAUCAUACCUCAUGUACAUUUAUUCAGUAUCCAUUAAGUAAAAUCGAAAAUAAUCUAAAAUCUCAAGAGGAGCGCAAUAAAGGAUACCGAGCAGGCAAAAUGUUUCGUAAAAAGUAUUUGAAACGAAGCAGAAAAUCUAAACUUGUUCAGCCCAGCCGUAAAAUAAUCUCAACAGAAAAGAUUAAUCCAUGUACCUGCAAAAUGUGCAAACUAUUCAAUAUUAAUGAUGAGAAGUACAACGAAAUUCACAAACUCAUGAUGGAAUGAUGAAUUCCAAUUGAUCGACCAACCUUUAUUAGC